AUGGCGACGGCUCCUUCCUUCUGGGCUGCUGGCGGUAGCAAGAUCAAGUCCGCCGAUUCCCCGAACCCCAAGAUUGCAGAGGCACCGCCCAAGGCCAAACCAGACCCUCAACAGGAGAAGGGUCUCGUACUGAAGGGCAUGACCAACGGCCAGGCUACCAAUGGCGCAUCGAACGGUCUUUACCCAAAGGCUGCCGUUGGCAAGAAGACCAAUUGGGCCGACGAGGACGAUGACGAUAACACCUUCAUCGCCGAGUUCAUGAGCCAGGACCCCAAGAUCGCCACCCUGGAGACCACCGUUGCCCUGAAAGAGGAGCGUGUCAAAGAGUUGGACGCCUUGGUCGAAAUCAAGACACUUCGUAUCGCGGAGCUAGAAGGCGCAGUCCAAGACAAGGACACCCACAUUGGCGAUCUCGAGACGCAGAUCCAAAAGAAAGAGGUUGAGAUCGAGAAGCUCAAGAAGGCGAAUACCGACCAUCUUGCUCACAACCAGGAGCUUCUGCGCGAGGCUGAAGAGAAGAACAGCCAGAUGAAGAAUCUGAAGGCUGAGCUUCAGGAGAAGAUCUCGACGAUUGGUAACCUUGAGGAAGCGAAGAAGGCUGCGACCAUUAGCAGCCUUGAACAGGAGUCAGCCGCGCUCGUUCCCGUCCCCACGAACGACGAAGUGAUCGCUGAGGAUGAACGCAAGAAUGAAGCAUCGGAAAGCAUCAAGUCUAAUGGCGCCGAUGUUGUUACCGAGACAGAGACCAAGGCUAAGAAGACCGCAUCUGUGGCUUCUGAUUCAGACAGCUUUGAGAUGGUUGAUGCUCCCAUGACUGAGGAAGUCAAGGAUGAGAAGUCUGCAACCGUCGUCACUAAGCAGCCCGAGGAGACCGGAACGGCACAGAACACCAGCGGCCCAUCACUCGUCACAUCUGCAUUCCCCAAUUUCGUGACGAAAGAGACGCUGAAGGUCGUUCCUCCGGCCCCGAAACCCAAGACCCUGACCUUCGGCAUCGACAUGUCCAAGUACGGGAAGAAGCCAGUCGCGUCGGCUGCUGCGAAGGUUCCAGCUCCAUCGUCGCCCGCUGCCGAGCUGAAUGGACAUACCACUCCCAGGGGCCACUCAUCUAGGCAGGCGCGUGACAAGACUGGUACCAUGCCAGAGCUCAACCCUGCGGCUGACAUCCGUCACAUGUCACAUGGGCAGCGCGUCGUCUUCGGCAAUGGUCCCGAGGUUGUCGUCAAGCUCGGAGAGGCCAAGUUGGCCACUGUUCCCAAGUAUGUCCUGAUGCAGUGCUCAGGCAAGGCUUACAAGUACUUCACCGCCAACCCCGAUGCGACCUCGUGGGUUCUUCCUGCCGGGUCAAUGGACGCUGAUGCUGCGACGGCACAUCUGAAAUGGAUGGACGAGAUGACCUAUCAGAGCAGGGUCUACUCUGUCCGGCUCCAAACCGAGACCGUGUAUGAUAAGAAAAAUCUGCACAUCUGCCGCGCUGCUCGCGUCCUGGGCCUGAACAACACCUAUGUGGCGCAGUUCACCAAGCAGUUCUGCGACCGCAUCCGUGCUCAGGAUGUGUCAUUCGAAUUCAUGGACCUUCUCUGCCAGCUCGCAUACCCGGAAAACGACCCGGUCUUUGACUGCAUGGUCCAUAACCUUGUCAACCAGAAGAAGGUUGGCAACGCCAAGGGCGCGGCCGAUUUGGAGAAGCUGGUGGCCAAGCAUCAGUUUCUGAAAGACAAAGUGGAGAAGAUCGAGAAGCGGAUCGGAGGACGACCACGCAAGACCUGGAAUUCGCCUGAGGGUAGUGCUCGUGGUGGGAGCAACGACCGCAGCGGCGGCAAGGGUGGGAACCGUGGACAGCGGGCACCGAGCAACAAGCCUGUUUCGCCAGCGCCUGGCAACAAGCCCGUUGCCCCAGCACCUGGUGACGCAUUGUUCACCACUCUCCACUAG